CCUGUGCAUCUGCCUCGCAUUCGAGCAGCACCGCGGAGCAGUGCACUGUAACUUUAAGGAAAUGCACUUGCAGCCAUUUUCUGCUCUUUGUGUUACAGGGAUUAGUGUACAGCAGGCAUUGUGGCUAGACUAGAGCAUCACUUGAACAAGCCUAAUUUAAAAUACUAACCAGGGAACAUAAGGAAGCCACUGCAUUUCACCAGCUUCCAUAUCGGGCAUGCAAAAAGCAGAUUAAGAGUCCUAUGUUGCUAAGCUGUCACCAUGACGACCCACGUGACCCUGGAAGAUGCCCUGUCGAACGUGGACUUGUUGGAGGAGCUGCCUCUUCCAGACCAGCAGCCAUGUAUCGAGCCCCCUCCCUCAUCCAUCAUGUACCAGGCUAACUUCGAUACCAACUUUGAAGACAGAAAUGCAUUUGUUACAGGGAUUGCCAGAUACAUUGAGCAGGCCACUGUUCACUCCAGCAUGAAUGAGAUGCUGGAGGAGGGUCAUGAGUACGCAGUCAUGUUGUACACGUGGAGAAGCUGUUCAAGGGCCAUUCCUCAGGUGAAGUGCAACGAACAGCCCAACCGUGUGGAGAUCUAUGAGAAGACAGUGGAAGUGCUGGAACCGGAGGUUAAUAAACUGAUGAAGUUCAUGUACUUCCAGCGCAAAGCCAUUGAGCGGUUCUGCAACGAGGUGAAGCGUUUGUGCCAUGCCGAGAGGAGGAAGGAUUUUGUGUCCGAGGCCUACCUCCUGACCCUGGGGAAGUUCAUUAACAUGUUUGCAGUGCUCGAUGAACUGAAAAACAUGAAGUGCAGCGUGAAGAACGACCACUCUGCUUAUAAGAGAGCGGCCCAGUUUUUAAGAAAGAUGGCUGACCCCCAGUCCAUUCAGGAAUCUCAAAAUCUCUCCAUGUUUCUGGCUAACCAUAACAGAAUAACACAGUGUCUUCACCAGCAGCUUGAGGUGAUCCCAGGCUAUGAAGAGCUGCUAGCUGACAUUGUGAAUAUCUGUGUGGAUUACUAUGAAAACAAGAUGUACCUGACGCCCAGCGAGAAACACAUGCUUCUGAAAGUCAUGGGGUUUGGACUAUACCUGAUGGAUGGCAACGUGAGCAAUAUUUACAAACUGGAUGCCAAAAAGAGGAUCAAUCUUGGUAAAAUUGACAAGUUUUUCAAGCAGUUACAGGUGGUCCCUCUGUUUGGUGACAUGCAGAUCGAGCUUGCCAGAUACAUUGAGACCAGCGCUCACUAUGAGGAGAACAAAUCCAAGUGGACCUGCACACAGAGCAGCGUCAGCCCUCAGUACAACCUCUGUGAGCAGAUGGUCCAGAUUCGGGACGAUCACAUCCGCUUCAUCUCAGAACUGGCCCGCUACAGCAACAGCGAGGUUGUGACUGGAUCAGGACUGGACAGUCAGAAAUCGGAUGAAGAAUACAGAGAACUCUUUGACCUGGCCCUUAGGGGGCUCCAGCUGCUUUCCAAAUGGAGUACCCAUGUCAUGGAGGUGUACUCAUGGAAAUUGGUGCACCCCACUGAUAAAUUCUGUAACAAAGACUGCCCAGGCACAGCAGAGGAGUAUGAGAGAGCCACCCGGUACAACUACACCAGCGAGGAGAAGUUUGCUCUUGUGGAGGUGAUUGCCAUGAUAAAGGGGCUCCAGGUCCUGAUGGGGAGGAUGGAGAGUGUUUUCAACCAGGCCAUUCGGAACACCAUCUACUCUGCGCUGCAGGACUUUGCACAGAUGGCCCUGAGGGAGCCCCUGAGACAGGCUGUGAGAAAAAAGAAAAACGUCCUCAUAAGUGUUCUUCAGGCAAUUAGAAAGACAAUCUGUGACUGGGAGGGUGCCCGGGAGCCCCCCAAUGACCCCUGUUUGAGAGGAGAGAAGGACCCCAAAGGCGGCUUUGACAUUAAAGUUCCCCGGCGUGCUGUUGGGCCUUCAAGCACACAGCUGUACAUGGUGAGGACCAUGCUGGAGUCUCUCAUUGCGGAUAAGAGUGGCUCCAAGAAGACCCUGAGAAGCAGCCUGGAUGGGCCCAUAGUCCAGGCUAUUGAAGAGUUCCACAAACACUCCUUUUUCUUCACCCAUCUGCUCAAUUUCAGCGAAGCCCUGCAGCAGUGCUGUGACCUCUCCCAGCUCUGGUUCCGAGAGUUCUUCCUGGAGCUGACGAUGGGGCGUAGAAUCCAGUUCCCAAUCGAGAUGUCCAUGCCUUGGAUUCUGACAGACCACAUUCUCGAGACCAAAGAGCCUUCCAUGAUGGAGUAUGUUCUGUAUCCCUUGGAUCUUUACAAUGACAGUGGAUACUACGCUUUGACAAAAUUUAAAAAGCAGUUUCUCUAUGACGAAAUUGAAGCCGAGGUGAAUCUGUGUUUUGACCAGUUUGUUUACAAGUUGGCAGAUCAAAUAUUUGCUUACUAUAAGGCCAUGGCUGGCAGUGUUCUCCUUGAUAAACGAUUCAGAGCUGAAUGCAAGAACUACGGCGUGAUCAUUCCCUAUCCACCAUCCAACCGAUACGAGACGCUACUAAAACAGAGACAUGUACAGCUUCUGGGCCGCUCUAUUGAUCUGAACAGAUUAAUUACACAAAGAAUAUCGGCUGCAGUGUACAAGUCUCUAGACCAGGCCAUCAGCCGCUUUGAGAGUGAAGACCUGACCUCCAUUGUGGAACUGGAGUGGCUGAUGGAAAUCAAUCGUCUGACUCACCGCCUGCUCUCGAAGCACAUGACCCUGGACAGCUUUGAUGCCAUGUUCAGGGAGGCCAAUCACAACGUCUCGGCUCCCUACGGGCGCAUCACUCUCCACGUCUUCUGGGAGCUGAACUUCGACUUCCUGCCCAACUACUGCUACAAUGGCUCCACCAACAGGUUUGUGCGAACAGCAAUCCCCUUCACUCAAGAACCACAGCGAGACAAACCUGCCAAUGUGCAGCCAUACUACCUGUAUGGGUCUAAGCCCUUGAACAUUGCCUACUCCCACAUCUACAGCUCCUAUCGGAACUUUGUGGGUCCUCCUCACUUUAAGACGAUCUGCCGUCUUUUGGGGUACCAGGGGAUUGCGGUGGUGAUGGAAGAGCUGCUGAAGAUUGUCAAGAGCCUGCUGCAGGGAACAAUCCUUCAGUAUGUGAAAACACUGAUAGAAGUAAUGCCCAAAAUCUGUCGCCUUCCAAGACAUGAAUAUGGAUCUCCAGGUAUUCUGGAGUUUUUCCAUCACCAACUCAAAGACAUCAUAGAGUACGCAGAGCUGAAAACCGAUGUGUUCCAAAGUCUUCGAGAAGUGGGGAACGCCAUCCUGUUCUGUCUCCUCAUCGAGCAAGCUUUGUCCCAGGAAGAAGUUUGUGAUUUACUUCACGCAGCACCAUUUCAAAACAUCCUGCCCAGAGUCUACAUUAAAGAGGGAGAGCGUUUAGAAGUCCGGAUGAAAAGACUAGAGGCCAAGUAUGCACCACUUCAUCUGGUUCCUCUGAUUGAGAGGCUCGGGACCCCUCAGCAAAUCGCCAUUGCUAGGGAAGGGGACCUGCUGACCAAGGAGCGCCUCUGCUGCGGCCUCUCGAUGUUCGAGGUGAUCCUGACCCGAAUCCGCAGUUACCUGCAGGAUGCAGUGUGGAGAGGGCCUCCUCCCACCAACGGAGUGAUGCACGUGGAUGAGUGUGUGGAGUUCCAUCGGCUCUGGAGCGCAAUGCAGUUUGUCUACUGCAUCCCAGUGGGGACCAAUGAGUUUACUGCUGAGCAGUGUUUUGGGGAUGGGUUGAACUGGGCUGGCUGUUCCAUCAUUGUCUUGCUGGGACAGCAGCGUCGCUUUGACCUCUUUGAUUUCUGCUACCACCUCCUGAAAGUCCAGAGGCAGGAUGGGAAAGAUGAGAUAAUCAAGAAUGUGCCCCUGAAGAAAAUGGCUGACAGGAUCCGAAAGUACCAGAUUUUAAACAACGAGAUCUUUGCCAUUUUAAACAAGUACAUGAAGGCAGUGGAAACGGACAGUUCAACCGUGGAGCAUGUGCGCUGCUUCCAACCCCCUAUACACCAAUCCCUGGCCACCACCUGUUGAAAGCGGCACACGACUGGCCUGUGAGAUAGUAACCUGUGCGCCUGGCCUCCUGCAAGCUGGUAUUAAGAGUGUUAUACAUGCCCUGUACAUGCUGUUCAAAAUGAACAACCUGUUUGCCUUGUGUGAUAGACUGAGAACGUUCAACUGACCUUAGCAUGCUCCUUAUGAAUUCUUUCAAAAGUUCAAGUGCACCAUGUCCAAAGUCGCCGUGGUAUAUAAAACAAUACCUCGCUGGUGUUUACAAGCAGUUUAUUAUCGAUACGGUCUCUGAAGAGAUCAAGUAUUUUCAAACUCAUUAAUCCUAGAAUCCUGUUUAGCAACUUGAGGCAUCAUAUUUCUUUGUUCAUAUAAAUAUCUAAAUGAUAAGAAAUGCUAUUCUACUGAAUAUAAUAAGGCGUGUAGAAAAUGUGACUUGACAGAAAAUAAGGCAUUGUGCAGUUACAAUCCCCGGUCCCCAAAUGUAAGAAUCCCUCUAGAAUUAAAGGUAGACAGUAAUGGGGAAGAGGUUUUGGCCAUACUAUCCAUGAUAUAAAUACACAACUCUUGUAAAUACCGUACAAACAGUGCCGGUCAGGGCAGUCAGCUCCAUAGUAUCAAUUGAAAUCCUGUUUGAAGUUUUUGACAGGCUGUUUUAAUAGGAGUUAAUGUCAUCUCACUUCAGGUAACAUAAACUGCUUUUAAGCUGUAUCCACACUGGGCGCGAGUGAUGCGAGCGAAUAAUUUAGAAGUCACUGCAGUCAAAUGGGAGUAUCCACACCAGCAGCGAGCGAUGCGAGCGACGUUGCUUUGAGAAAAUUUUGCGUUGCUAAAAUAGAACCUGUUUCUAUUUUUUUUUUUCGUCAUGUGACUGGAAUGAAACUGACCAAUCAGAAGCAAAGUUAACACCCUUGACACACGUCAAACACACGCCUCAAAACAAGUUAAUAAUGGACGACAAAAAGUUAAUUUAUGAGGUGCAGCUGUAUCAAUUAUUAUAUGAUUGCAAAUUGAAUGACUACAAAGACAUCUAGAAGAAAGACAAUGCCUGGGUGGCUUGCAGGUGGUGUAUUUAGCAGCACAAGAUUUUCCAAUUAUGCAGGUUGCAUAAAAAUAGGUUUAUUAAUAAGCAAAAAUAAACCAGACAAUACAUGCAGUCUACAUAUCCAGCAUUUAAAUAAAAAAUGUGCACUUUUUUUGCUGGGUUUUAAAAAUGACAGUGUGGUAACCAAACAAGACCUGUUUUGUAAUGGGACAGCCCAUCUCUAGUAUGUCCAAUAGGAAUGCAUGGGCAGGGUCAUGUAUUUAUUUCAAGUCUUUUGGAUCGUUUCCAAGUCGCGUCUGGUGUGGAUUGACAUUCAGCGAGUUCACUUGCGUCGCUCUGUCCAGUGUGGAUGCAGCUUUACUUUACUGAAUGGCAUCAGAUGAUAUUAGUUGCCCUCUGUGAAUGAAGUGAUGACCAAACCAGGGUUAGAAAUUAGCAGUAACCUGGCACACUCGUAGCUCGUGGGUUCAGAACGGCCCUCAUUGAGGGUCACAAUAAAAUGAUCGGUUCACAAAAUGAGAGCAUAAUAGCAUAGCUAGAGUUCACACUUAAGUCUUUAGGUCAAUAAUUGGUUACCCAGCAGGAGUGUCCCAGUUAGGAGCAGAUCUGAUUGCUCACCUGUUCUCAAGUCUACAACAACACUUUAUACCACAGAGGUAGCAUUUUCUUAUUUUUUAUUGCUGUGUGAAAUUAAAAUUAUAAUUGUAUGUUUGACACACAAAUAGUUCAGCAUCUUCAGCACAUCAAUUUUGAUAUUCCCAUACAUUGGGUAAGGUUAGACACUGAAAGGUCAGGGGCUCUGGACCACCAUUAUAAGUACAUUUAAGUUUCACGUACAUACAAAACAUUAGCAAAGAAAAAAAAAAACAGAUCUAUCAACUUUACUAAGAUAUGGUUUUAAUUAUUAAUCAUAAGGAUCUCUGGGAGGGGGUUUCCAUGAGAGAGUCAUCCUGGAGCAUUACCUCAAAGCAACUCCCUUUUGUGUUUUAUUGCUAAUCUGUUUCGUUUAAAAUGACAAAAGAGUUGCUUUACCACACCCUUUUCAGCACAUCUGCAUUAGAGACAGAGAGAGGUAGCUGUGACUGACGCCUGAACCACCUAGAAUGUCUAUCUAUCUAUUGAGAGAACCAAAGGAGGGGGAAGAUGGCUGUAUGAUUCUACCACCAACCGCUGUUGACUGCUGUUUGUUUUUAAUUCUUUUGAGUUCGUUGUCAGUGUAGGUAAACAGAAAUCAACAACGGUAAAUAGAGAAGUGUUACACGUUCAAUUAAAUGUGUUCUGCUGAUGAAAAAGGGGGUUUUAAUUAGGCAUAAUAAUUAAUCACUGAAAGACUUAUCGUUCACAUUGCUUUCUGAACUCAUUACAGCUGUAUCUUUCAUAUACCUUUCUGCCUAAAAAACGGUACCAGUAUAUGAAAUGUAAACAUUUUCCUCUUUAAUGUGUGUGCGGUCAUUCAUGAAAACAAGAACAAAGGUAUUCAUUUUAACUCUUGUUAGCUUUUUUAAAUUAAAAUGGUAAAAUUUACAAAUAAACGGUUGCAAAGUAACUCUUCAGUUGUGUAGAUGUGCUAAAGUUUACACUUGUUAAGAGAGAAAGCCAGCUGGGGCAUUGUUGUGAAGCAAAGGAUUAAGGCAACAUCAAAUUAGAAUGACAAUUGGAAAACCAAACAGAAAUGUCCUUUUAAAUAGAUGCAGGUAAGAGAAAGCAAAAGGCAAAUGUACAGGGAAGGGGUCCAAAAUCCCAUUUUAUUAGGUACCAUUGACAUUUAAUUGAUCAUGUUUGUUCCUAUUGUAAUUUCAAUUUAACUGUGUACAUUUCACACAUCUCUAAACGUUACUGAUUUGUUUUAGUUUCACAAAACAAUGUUGACCAAGAAGUGUAACCAUCUAACAGCUUUGCUGAGUUUGUUUUUACCAACCAACUGUGGUACCAUGGUAAAUACAUAUGGUGUGUCACAUUACCUCAAUACCAUUCCUGUUGCGUACUGUGGCAACUAUUCAAACAAUCCUCUUCCUCGUGGUCUACCAUUGCUCCAGAUUUCAAAGCAAACAUUUUUAUCCUGACCUGUUCAUAAACUGAAUCAUUUACAUCUGCAUUCAUAGCUUUUGAAAAAUCAUUUUUCACAGGGUAUAUUUGAUAUAGUAAGAAUUCCAGGCCCUUCAAGUGGAUGUCAGAAUAUUUUAAAAAAAAUGAGACAGUGCUGUACAGCCACUGGAGUACUAAAUGAACCAGUGGAAUUGAAGAAUAAAAUAAUGUGUUAUUCCUUGCUGUUGAAUUGUUUUUUUUGUGAUUCAAUCAUGUAUAAAUAUUUAUUCAUCUGGAUAAACAGUUGGUUUAUACAGCGGUAUUAUUAACAAUCCUUUACUUUGUAUUUUAGCAGUGCCACAUAAAUCUAUAUUUUUUCAUGUUAAGUUUCAAAAAGGCAAAUGCAUUUUGACAACUGGUUAAAAAAGUGACGGAAUGCAUGGCUUUUGAUGUAAAAUAUUUUGUUUAUUUUGUUUAUUUUUCUCUACCUUUUAACUUUUUUUUCAGUUUAAUUUUAUUUAUGUGUAUUUUGAAUUGCUUAACUGGUUUAUUACGUUGAAAUAAAUAGUUGUUAAAAAUGUUUGAUAAACUGUAUUUGUUGAUACCGGUACAUGAAUCCAUUGUACUUUUACAGAAAGACUGAACAUGUUAUUUAAUUUUAAAUUUUCAUACGAUAGCAUGGCAGGUGUAACUUAUUGUUCUUAUGAUUGUAAGUGUGGCAUACAGUUUUGUUCUUUAUAAUGUUGUAUGAGUGGUAAUGUUCUUAAGAAACUCCUACUGAAGGAUAAAUACAAAGCAAUGUUGUAUCUCCAUUAAAUAAAAUAUAAUUUAAACAAAGAGAAAGAUUUUCUGUUACAAAUAUUGUGACAUUAUUAUUGUUAAUAUCAUCCAUUAAAUGGGUUGUCGUUCCUGG